UGUGCAACGCUUGUUGAUAGUGGUAGUUUUUUGAAGCGGCAAAUGACAUUCUAUGCCAGAAAAGUCAGUGACUUUUCGACAUUCGAGAGAGGAAGCUAACGUUGUGACAGUUUAAGAUGACGGAGACCGCACGUUAAACGUUUUGCGCGUUCAAGUAAUUAUUGGUGUGUUUUGUAGUGCGGUGGUUGGAAGUUAUAAAAUAAAUUURUUCUUAAGUAAAGCACAAAGCAUUAUUGAACAAUUGGUGGUUAGUUGGUGCUGUUAGAGAACGUCAAAGUUGUAAAUACAAGACGCUGUUUUAGUGUGUUUGUGCAACMUUUGCAAAUUAGCUCUAAUUCCAGAUGUGAAAUGAAUUAAUGACACCGUUUGGAAAUAAAGUGAAUAUAUGUAAAUCACAAGAAACAUUAGUGAAAUAGUGAAACUUAAGGCUAAGUGUGAAUUUGAGUAAAAUAAUAAAAGUUAAGAUAUAUAAAAAACAUAAAGAGAGAUUGUUAGUGAACUCAAAGUUAAUGACUCUUCAUUGCGUAAAAAAUUUUUAAAUUUACUCAUACAAAUACUAUUGUGCACAAAUACUGCAGCAAUAAGAAUAUUGUAAAUAAAAAGCAAUUUAUAUCAUUGCAUUCCAUUGGAUUAUGGAGUAAAUGUAAAACAUAAAUAUUUAUAAGCCCGUUGCCAAGCUAACGCGUAAAAGCGAAAACAAACAACAAAUGGGAACAUAGCAAACAAGUGUUUUCAUACUAUUGCACCAACUCUGCCUGCCAUUUUCUUAUGUGCGUAUACAUAUGUGAAAAGCUGCUGAAUUAACACAACAACAAAUAAACGUGUGCUAAAGUUGUAYAACAAUAAAAUAAAAACACAAGAAAUAAUAAUAAGUAGUGCAAAUAAGCAUUGCGUAAAGCGAAUAUUUAAUAAAAUAUUCCAUAAUAGUGCAGUUACAAAAUAAAAUAAGACAAUAUUUUCCUAAAGUAAAAAUAAAAUACAAACACUAUAAAGCACAGCAAAACAACGACUUAAAUAACAAAUAGCAACAACAGCCAACGAAAACGGCACCCAAAACGCCAGUAAUGAGUUGAAUUUGUGCGAAAGACACGUUUGCCUUCACCACUUCCAGCGCGUUGCGCUUACAUGUACAAAGCAAUCUAUAAGCCAUACACUUAAGUCCACAUCGCGUGGCAGCGCCGCUCAGCCCAAAAAUAGAGGGCGCCUUAAGUCAACCUCAUCACAUACUGACCAAUUCGCUGCWCAACAGUCAGCUGAACUGAGCAAAAUAACUUUGCUCUAAGCGUGGAAUAGCGCGCACACGGCGUGCUCUCGCUUGAUUUGCGUUUGAGCUAACCUGUCAUAGUACACCAAUAUAUAUAUGUACAUACGUGUAUACAAAUUCGAAUACUGUACUUGUGUGUUUUACCUUUUUGUCGUAGCACCGUUGCUGCCGCUCUGCGCUUAUUGAAGUUUUCGUGGCUUUAACACCUUUACCCGAGCUUAAAUACCAGCGUACAGAGCCUAAUUCUCAUAUGUGCGCUUGUGUUUGUGUUAACGCGUUUCACAUACAUGCAUGUGUAUGUUUGUUUAUACUCACACCUAACUGUGGACUUGUGUGCGCGAAAGAAAUAAAACAGUGUUGUGGUAGCGGAUUUGAGCUCUCGCAAAGCAGCAAUACAUACACACAUAAAUAUUGAAAUAUACUGAAAUUCGCUGAAAAAAAUUUCCGACAGCACGCACAGAAAACAAGAGAACGUUUAAAAUGGGUGACUGCUGUCAAUCAUGUAUGUCCCGCAUACCAUACGCCACAUUAAUAGCGACGCUCAUGUGCCUGCUUGGUGUCGGCAUAUUCUGUGGCACGAUGUAUCGAGGCGCCUCGUUGACGGUGAUUAUGAUGGAUCAAGUGUUUCAUUUACAUCUAAUUUGGAUUGAAGCGAUUCAAAUGAUUUUCGUCAUAAUUGCUGCGGGAAUGGCGGCGCUUGGCUUUAUGAUACUCUUCGUUGGUUUUCUCGCAACUGGAGCGACACGGUACAAGGUCUAUCGCGCGUGGCGUUCACGAGUGGGUGGACGUAUCUCGUGCGCCGUGUUCAUGGGCAUCACAUAUCUGCUGAACUUCGUUUGGAUAUUGAUUCUAUGUUUCUUGGUCAUAGUCACCUUCAUCUACACCAUGUUCUGGAAUAUGUGCUCAAGUGUGGAACGUUCGCUCAGUUGCAUCGAUUUAACACAAUUUCAUUUCAUGUUCCCGCCGAACACAAAACAGGAGGAUAUGAAAAUCUGCGAUAAAUAUGAGAUUAAAGCCUUCUGCAAGGAUGGCGUUGAGAAUGCCGAAGUCAUGUUUAUACUCGCUACAUUAGCUGCCCUACUCGUCAUACUCAGUCUGGUGCACUAUCUCAUGUGUCUGGCUGCCAAUUAUGCGCACAUCAGAGAUCAUGAAAAAUUCCAAGAACUACAAGAAAUUCAAAAUCUCAAUGAACUCGAGUAUAGCGCAACGUCAAAGGAUCGUUUCUAGGACAUAUUUCAGAAGAUUCAUUUUGAGCUUAAAGAGAAAUGAGCGAACAAAGCAGUGAAGAAAAAAUUACAACACAAAACUUCAUACACGCACACAGACAUGCUACACGUACACUUAGAGAAAUAAAGCAAAAGAACUGAAGUAAUCCACAUAUAACAAUGAAUAAUAUAGAUAAUGGUGUAUUAUGCAAGUAAAAGCUGAAAAAAUUAAUAUAUGUUGUGCAUAUAUACAAGAAAUUAAUAUUAGCAAGGUAAUGUGCGCAGUAACAACACUAUUGUAAACUGGUUUUUUAUGAAGUAAUGCGCGCAUUAGCUUUCAAACACAUCACAAACACGAACUUUCUGAAAUUUAUACAUAUGUAUGUAUAUUUAAACUAAAGCUAAUUUUUUUUAAUUAAGCGGUAAUUAUUUGAGUUAACAUUUUUUAUUUUAUAACAUAAUAAAUCAAAUUGUAUUAUGAAUUUUUAAAUUUCGAUAUUUUUCAAGAAGUGUAUGAGAAUAUAUACAUAUAUGUAAGUGCAUAUAUUUGAAAGCAUUUGCCGAAAUUUAUAUUUCAUAAGUGAAGUAAUUUAUUUUAUCACUCUUUUCAUGUUUUAAAAUUGUUUAGCUUUUUUUUUUUAAAAAGUUUUUGAUAGAUUUCAUGUGUUCACUUAAUUGAAGUUUGAAUUAAGUUAUAUUAAGCAAAUGCAUUGUCAUUCAUAAAUUUAUGUUUUAAUUUAAUUAAUUUAAUAGCAGUUAUUUGUGUAAAAAAUGCGCAAAAACGCCAAGAGUUAUCAGACAUAUCAGUUUGAUUUUAUUACUUUAACAUUCCAAAAACAGCAACAAGAAUUAAAAGUAUGUGUAUUUUACAUCGAACUUUCGACGUUGUUGCCAAAGUACCAUUAAAACCACAUUACUUUAGCUUUAUUUAGUUUUUAGUUUACUUAAAAAUAUUUUUGUAUGUAUAUAUACAUAUAUUGAAAUUCUAUUGUGCAACUGCAUAAUGUUUUGCUAUGUUAAUUCAGCGUUAAAUAUAAUUUACCGCUAAAUUUCAAAAAUAAACUUUUAAGCAUAGAUUAUUUUCGCUUUUCCUCCCUUGUUUUUCUUUUUGUUUUUGAUUUUUUUUU